AUGAUUGAGGUUCAGGAUCUCAUCGCCUCCAGAGGGGGAGAUCCCAAAAAAGUCAUCGACAGCCAGCAAAAGAGAUUCGCGUCCACCGAACUCGUCGACGAAGUAGCCGCACUGUGGAACGAUGCCUACCAGACGAGAUACAAGGCCUCGCAGGUCGGCGCAAAGAUCAACGCAGUACAGAAAGAGAUUGGCAAGCUGAGGAAGGCUAAACAAGAUGCAGACCAUCUACUGAAAGAGAAAGCCGACCUCGAGAGAGAGAAGAAGGCGGUCGAAGACGAGGCCGCAGAGAAGGAAAAGCUGAGAGACAAAAAGUGCAAACUGAUCGGGAACUACGUCCACGAGUCUGUGCCAAUCCAUGACAAUGAGGACUUCAACGAGGUCGUCAAUCAAUGGGCACCCGAGGGCGUGAAGGUCGAGAAGAGGGACUGUCUUUCCCACCACGAGGUCAUGACGCGCGCAGACGUUUACGACGGCGAACGGGGCGUCAAGCUGGUGGGACACAGGGGUUACUUUCUCAAAAAAUGGGGAGUGCUUCUGAACCAGGCUCUCAUCAACUAUGGUCUUCAUUUCCUCGUUGGCCGAGACUAUGAUCCCAUCCAGCCGCCAUUCUUCAUGAAGGCCGAAUACAUGGCCAAGACGGCUCAACUGGAGCAAUUUGAUGAGGAGCUGUACAAGGUCGUUGAAGGCCCGGACGCUGAAGACAAAUAUCUCAUCGCCACCUCGGAACAGCCGUUGUCCUCCAUGUUCGCCGACGAAUGGUUGACGGAGAAGGAUCUCCCCAUGAAGUUUGCCGGCUACAGCUCGUGUUUCAGGAAAGAAGCCGGCUCUCAUGGUCGAGAUGCCUGGGGUCUCUUUCGCAUACACCAGUUUGAGAAGAUCGAGCAGUUCUUGUUUGUCAAGCCGGAAGAGUCUUGGCAGGCACUGGAAGACAUGAGAGAUACAGCCGAAGCAUUCUAUCAAUCUCUGAAGCUUCCCUACCGAGUCGUCGCGAUCGUGUCAGGGGCGUUGAACAAUGCCGCUGCAAAGAAGUACGACUUGGAGGCUUGGUUCCCAUACCAAGGCGAGUACAAGGAGCUGGUCUCGUGCUCGAAUUGUACCGAUUACCAGACUCGCGAGCUCGAGAUCCGAUACGGACAGAAGAAAGGAGCCAUUGACGCGAGAAAGUCGUAUGUCCACGCCCUGAACGGUACCCUUUGCGCCACAGAGCGGACACUGUGUUGCCUGCUCGAAAAUUAUCAGACGGAAGACGGCUUUGAGGUGCCAGAGGUUCUGAGACCAUACAUGCCACCUGGCACGCCCGACAUCAUUCCCUACACAAAAGAGCUGCCGAAGGAGUCGACUUCUGCCAAAGCGAAGCAGCCACCCAAACCAAAGGGUGCCAACCAGCCUGCGGCGGAGAACGUUACAGACAAGUUGAAGGACCUGAAGGUUUAG